GGAUGUUAUUAUGUUGAGCCAAAGGGCGGUGCUGAUGUUGUGCACCGCCCUUGCCACUCGGAAGGGCUCACCACUCCGAUUAUGCGGCAUUGUACUUAUGCCAAACAUCAUCUUCAGAUCGCGACUGUACAAGUUCAGAAGCAUUACCACUACUUUUUUCUACAUGUCCAAUUAUCGAAUCAUCGUCGUUACCGGUUCUAACCGUGGCAUCGGCAAGGGCAUCGUGCAACUGCUGGCCAGAGAACAUUGCAAGCAACCACUGGCAAUCUACGCAACAUCACGAGCUGGGUUCAACAGUAAUAUCGAGUCCGUCGCCCCAAAUAUUGUGCUGUAUCGGAAACUGGACAUCACGGAUCAAGCAUCGAUCGGAACCUUCUUCAAAGCAGUGCUGGAAGAGCACGGCGCGGUCGAUAUCCUUGUCAACAAUGGCGCCGUAUCUCACCAUCGUCACGAGACAACAGAUUUAGCUGCUCAGACCGUCCGCACUAACUAUGGAGGGACAAGAGACAUGUGUAGAGCGUUUCUAGCCCAGCCGAACAUUCGACCCGGCGCGCGCAUUGUCAACGUGACCAGCGGUCACAAUCGACUUCAAAACUACGGCCCAGAUCCGCAGAAUUUAUUCCGCGAAGCAAAAACCCUCGACUCACUUGAUGCUAUUGCUGAGGCAUACUUGAGCGCCGUGCGUCGUGGCUCAGACGCCCAAGCGCAGGCUGGGUGGGGCACUGGAGCUCGCAGCUACAAAGUCAGCAAAGCACUCAUAAAUGCUCUCACAAUUGUGCUGGCUCAGCAGUAUCCCCACGUGUUGGUGAAUUGCGGCUGUCCAGGCUGGACGGACACCGUGAUGGGCAAUGAAGCAGACGGAACACCACCGAAGACGCCAGAACAGGGCGCGUAUGUUCCCACUAGGCUUGCGAUUGGCGAUUUGGGACCUGGUGGCAAUAGAGAUGGGGGUAUAGGCAAGGAUUCGGAGCCAUUCACUGGGCUUUUCUAUGAGAAUGACAGUAUUGUUGAGCCGGGUUGGGGAAGGGCGAGUCUAUGGCUGGAGUCUUAAUACUGUGUGGUCACAACGAUAUCGUGAACAAGAACGAACGACGGGCAAUAAAUCGUAAAGUGUAGUGUAUGGUCAUUAAACUUUUU